CAUCCCUUGCUGGUGACUAUAUACAGCUGAUGCUCCCGGGGCAUCCACCCCCAGGGACUGUGCGGCUUGAAUGAGAGCCCUUUGCUCCUAUUGGGAGAGACCUAGAGGCUGAGGGAAGCACCUUCUAUGUGGGGAAGCUGAGGCCCAGGGAGAAGGGGGCCUGCCGCUGCCCCCAGGGAGUGGCGGAACCUGCCCGGCCAAGCCCAGGUGUUCUGUGUUCCGUGACAGCUUCCCCUCUCCCCACCCUGAGCUAUGAGGAAACUGUGACUUCCUGCCCAGCCAGCUGGCCCUUCUCGUUCCUCCCCUUUAUGGGUCCCUGCUCAGCCCAAAUUAAGGCCCAAGCAAAGUCUGCAGCUGCUCCCAGACUGUGCCGGGACCACAGGGCACAACAGCCUGGGGCACUCCCUCCCUCCACCCUGCAGAACAGGAUGUCGUGGCUGGGAAAAGGCCCCUGCAGCACACCUGAGCACAGAAUGAUCCGCUUCUGCCCGGGGUGCCGGGGGCAGAUCAAGCCAUCCUUCACCUUCUGCCCGUACUGCGGAGAGGUCCUGCCACAGAAGGAUGAUCCUGGCAGCGGCAGCUCCCCAGAGGAGUGCGGGACGGCCGGAAAAGUCCCCAGGAAGAAAAGGACCCGCCGAAGCCAAGGGGUCCAGAGGAAAAAACUGAAGUGGCCCACGCCUGUCACCCCACCCCCCACCACCCCCCCGCGACCCCAGGAGAGAGUUGGGCCAGAAGCAUCCCCCAGCUUCCUGGGGAAGGCCAGAGGCCAGGAUGCCCACCCGAAACAGAAGCCUGUCAAAAUAUUGUCCCCGGCGUCUGUCGGGAAGCUCAAGGUGCUGACAGACAAGGAUGGCCAAAGCUGGAGCCUGGGGGCACCGGUGCCCAGCAGCGAGAACGGGAUGCUCUUUGAAGCCGUGUCGGCCUCUGAAACCACCUUUCCGAAGCAAAGAUUUUCCCUCAAACUAGACUUGAAAAGUGGACGCCUCUUCCAUGAGCAGAACUUCUUCCAGAGAGCAGUGAAGGAGAAAGAAGUGCACAAAUGGAAGAAGUCACACCUCAUACCCUUCUUGGCUGUGCCAGCAUGCACCAGCUUCGGCCUGCACCAGGACACCUAUAGGUUCCUCGUGUUCCCCGACCUGGGAAGAAGCCUUCAGUCCAUACUGGAUGACCGCCCCAGGAGCGUUCUGACAGAGAAGACGGGGCUUCACAUCCUGUUCAGAUUGGUGGACGCCCUGGAAUUCAUCCAUGAGAAUGAGUACGUCCAUGGUAACGUCUCCACAGAGAACAUCUUUGUGAAUCCGGACACUCUCGGCCAGGUCACCCUGGCUGGCUACAGCUUUGUGUUCCGCUACUGCCCGGGGGGGAACCACGUGCCGUAUGUGGAGCAAAAAAGAGCCCCUCACCAAGGAACCCUGGAAUUCAUCAGCCUGGAUCUGCACAAGGGCACAGAUCCCUCGCGCCGGAGCGACAUGCAGGCCCUCGGCUAUUGUCUUCUGAAGUGGCUCCACGGGGCCCUGCCCUGGACCAGUCAGCUUCCCGAUGCUCAGGCAGUCAUGAGGCAGAAGGAGAGGUUCCUGAGCAAUGUGGCUGAGCUCCUGAGGCACUGCUGUGGCCAAAGAAAGCCCCCAGAAGCUCUGCAGGCCUACCUGGACACAGUGAUGGCUCUCCGGUAUGAAGAGAAGCCCAACUACAGGAUGCUGCAGACAGUCUUGAUGUCAGCUCUUGAAAAAUACCACACUGUACCCUACGCCUCCAUCACCUUCUAGACUGCCCCAGAUCGAUCGACUUCCCCGUUGGACUGUUUGCUUAACAAGUGAUUAUGAAGCCAAUCUGAGCAUCGAUCCAAAGCUGUUCUGGACACGCACUUAGAGCCAAUCUCUUUAGGACACAUUUAGAAAUUCUCUCAGGAAGCUUUUUUCUUAAAUCUUAGAUAAUGUGAAAAGGCCAGUCGCCACCCAUUAGACCUCCCUAUGACGUGGACGCCUUGGUGAAGACAGACUUGGAGAGAAAGGAGGGCAGGGUGUGGCAUGACCACCAUCCCAGGCUACAUCACAUAGGGUCAGGAGUCAUGAGUCAUCCCACAGGGGUCCAGAGCUGCCAUAUCCUCAGUGAUGCUGGAGCUGAGGCUGGCCAUUUGGCUUGUCCCGGCUUACACGGACAUGGUCUGCUUGUGGCUACAUUCACACAUGUGGUUAUCCCCCAAAAUACGGAUGCAUCUCACCCACAGAGCUACGUUUCAGUGGUUCUGGCUACAGCCAUACGAUCCACCAUCACUGGUUCCCACUGCCACAUCCCUGGAUCACAGCCAUGUGGCAAGACCCCAGGUUCACCUCUUGUGGAAUGACCCUAAGCACACCCAUGAUGCCUCCCUGCAGAGCCCAGUGCAGCGUGAUCAUACCAGACUGCCGGUCCCACUGGCUGCGUGCACCUCCAGCUGCAGGCGGAGGCUUUUGUGAGGGGCCAUUGUACCACGUCUUCUAGCCUUCUCUGGCUGUUCUGCCGCUGUGGUCUCUUAGAGACCCAUGGGUCAGUCCCGAUGGAAAGGCCCUUAAGGAUCAGCUCUGCCAACCAAAGAAAGGCCUGGGAGCUGUGGAGCUGACCGUGAGCCCAGGACAGCGCGUCACAGAAGAACCCAAAGGAGACAUUUACCAGAGAGAACAAGAAACUCAGGGAGGAUGGGACGGGUGAACCGGGCCUAGUGUACUUGCAUCCCCGAAGGAGGAAAGAAUGACGACAUGCAGGACAGAGCGCAUGGGACGGGGAGAUAAGCCUGGUGCCCGAGACGAGAUAGGGAGACCCAGCUGCAAAGGGGGCCCGUGUGCCAACCAACAAAACGACCCACAGUGAGGAGCGACUUGAAAUGAGCCAGACCUGAAAGGGGCCUUAGAGGUCAUGUGGUCAGACCUGGCCCAGAGUAUCCUCCACAAGCAAUUGUGCAGAUUCUGCUUGAAGACCUGGGAGCACCAGGAGCUUCCCAGCCACCAGGGCGGCCCGAGCCACUAGUGACCAUCUUGUCCCCUUUAGACAAAAUCGGGCCUGACCGCUUCGUUUUUAUAGAUGAGGCCCAGAGAUGGGCAGGAAUUUGCUCAAAGCUUGCUGGAACAUACCACAGGAGGACAGUUCCCUACUUGCCGAGUGACCCUAAGAUUAAUGUGAAAUUUUUAAAGUUCUUUCUGAGUCAACACUUGAUAUUUUUUCUUAGAAGAUCUUAGAGGGGGGCAGCUAGGUGGUGCAGUGGAUAAAGCAGGGACCUUGGAUUCAGGACUACCUGAGUUCAAAUCCAACCUCAGACACUUGACACCUACUAGCUGUGUGACCCUGGGCAAGUCACUUAACCCUCAUUGCUCCGCAAAAAAACAAACAAACAAACAAACAUCUUAGAGCUGGGAGUGAGAUUGUUGUUCAGCCCUUUCAGUUGUGGCUGACUCUGUGACCCCAUUUUGCAUUUUCUUAGCAAAGGUACUAGAGUGUUUCUCCAUUUCCUCCUCCAGUGGUUGAGGCAAGCAGAAGUGAAGUUGAUUUGCCCAGGAUUAC